GUCGUCAUCGCGGUUGGGUUCUGGAAACAGAUGAAAAAUAUUUCUCUUCAAAGCGAGAGAACCUUUGUGCGUUGUCUGACCUGACAGAAGUGGCCCAAGUUGUGCACCAGUAUCCAACGGCUGCACAUCCGUUCGCGUUCCAUCAGUUGAAUCAUCCUUCCUCAGAGAGAGUAAAAUAUUUAACAAUCUAUCUCAUCCGUUUGGUGUCGAGUGUAGUGUCCAGUUAAUAUAACAAGUGAAAAAAAUGGAUAGUUUUUUGGUAAACUCCGAUAGUGCCACAGUGAUUCCGAAGGACUUGGGCGAGAUGCCAAAGGAAAAGUUUGCCAAUGCGGAUCUCUUCGCGGACCACUCCCGUUUUCCAGCAAACGAGGAAAAAUCCGACAUUUCGCAAAAGUUCUCUGCCGAGGACGAUUUGUUGGGACAUUCGUUUUCCAUGCCACCAAAGGCUGCACCGGACUACAAAAUGUUAACGCACGAAAAAGAGCCCUUUGAUGAUUUUUUCCUUGGGGCAGAAGCCAAAAAACCGACGGUGCCAGCACCGGCUGCCACCAACUCGCUCAUCGAUAUCGGUGCUCCAGAUUUCCUGGAGCCGCAGAAAAAAUCCAACAACGAUGCAGAGAAGCAAAUCUUCACCGAUUCCGUUCCAUUCGGCGCCGGUCCAGAUGAACCGUUCCAUGUGGUAAAGGACGACAUCGAAAGUGAUUACAUGAACCCGUAUGCCGAGGUUCGUUCAAGCACAACCGCACAAAAUCAAAAGCUUGAAGAGCCAUCCGGUGCUCCUGCUGCUGCUGCUUCCGAUAGUGUAGAAAAAGAAGCUAUAUUCAGUGCUUUCGCCAGUCACAACAAAAAGGACCAAUUCGUGGAGCCACAGUUCGAAGACUCGCUAUCAGCUGCUUCUGCUGUUGCUGAUGCGGCUGUUGCUACUCCCGAUCCCGCACCAGUUGCGGCCCCGCCGCCGGUUGUCACCCCAAAAGCAGUUACUCCAAAAGCGGUGACCCCGGUGAGACAACCAUCGGAGGAAAUGCCGAAACCGGUAGAAGCUUCUUGCAGUAAACCUGCUGAGCAGUGUAUACAGGCGGAGAAAUUAUUCAAGCAGUUUGGUUUGGAUGCUUGGUUCAAGCCGGAGAAAUUGCACCCGAAAGUGGAAUCCCUGAUCUACUGGCGCGAUGUUAAGAAAUCAGCAAUCGUGUUCGGCAGUGGCCUAACAAUCCUGCUCGCCAUGUCGCUAUUUUCGCUGAUUAGCGUUUUCUCGUACAUUUCGCUGCUGGUCCUGUUCGGAACCGUUUCGUUCCGAAUCUACAAGAACGUGCUCCAGGCCGUACAAAAGACCUCCGAAGGACACCCGUUCAAGGAAUACCUGGACUUUGAUUUGACCCUAUCGCAGGAGAAAGUACAGCAACUGACCACGGUUGCUGUAGCGCAUGCCAACGCCCUGCUGUCGGAGUUACGCCGUCUGUUCCUGGUGGAAGAUCUAGUCGAUUCUAUCAAGUUUGGCGUUGUCCUCUACUGCUUAACCUAUGUCGGUGCCAUUUUCAACGGAAUGACGUGUGUCAUCAUUGCAUUCGUUGCACUAUUCACCUUGCCAAAGGUCUACGAAAAUAACAAGCAGUCGAUUGACGCUUACUUGGAACUGGUCAGAAGCAAAAUUCUGGAAAUCACCGAAAAAUUAAAAGCGGCCGUUCCUCUGGGAAAGAAAGCCGAAUCCGAUAAGGAGAAAUAAGUUUGAUAGCUUGUAAUUGUAAAAGAACCCUUUUAUUUUUUAAUUUAUUUAACAUGAUAACUCUUAAACAAGGGAAAAAGCUAAUGCAACCAACCACAAAAUAAGAUGUGCAAAACACUUACGAAAAUCGAAUAUUUUAUUUUGAAAUCAAUUUGAUGGAAAUAUAUCCGUUUUAAUACCAAGUCAUAGUGAAGCAUGGAUUCUAGAUUAACGACUACGUUCUUACUAAGGAAAACCAUGUUGACGACGCAAAAAAUAAUAAAUAGAUGAAGAACAAAACGAUUUCUCCUUUCCGUUUCAUUUGAUUUGAUUGCCGUGAUUUCUGGAUGAGAUCCGCGAAAACACACAUUCACACAUUUCAGAAAAAAAACAGGAAAACAUAUAGUCAUUAUAUUAAUCUUUCAAACAGUUAAACGGAGAUGAAUUUAGCACUUAGUAACAAGCAGAUAGGAUGGACAUUCAGCAAAACACACCUAUCCGACUAAGGAUCGUUUUGUUAAAGAGUCAGUAAUAAAAGUAGCGAAUCAAACAACCAAAAUCAUCGUUUUAACUGGAAAAUAAGUAAACAGAUCAUCACACAUUUGUUUUGAGUCUCAUUUCAAAUAACUCAACCGAAUCGAAAUCAAACAAAAGCAACACCAUGAAUUUUCUAGUUUGUACGUUUCGUUAUUUCAAAGUACCUACUAAUGAAAAAAAAAACACGAAACCAAUGCGUUAAAUUCUCCUUAGCUGUGUCGUUUUUGAUUGUCUGCUGUUUUCGCCGCGCCCUGUGUUUGCUGCAACUUUUUGUUUUGUGAUUACCAAAUCUGUCUUCGGCAGCGCAGAAGUAUCCUGUCGUCGUAUAUGUCGUUCGAAUUUCAAUAUGAUUUCCGUUAUUCGUCGUCGUCCGAGAAAAUAUUUGUGCAAAAUGAGGAAAGGAAAGCAAAGGCCGCUUUAAAUCUGUGUAGAAGCACGUGAAAACAAACGCUAUAUUCAUAUUAUAUUCGUCUAUAGGUAAGGCUUGUUUGAAGUGAAGCUAAGAAAUGAAAAUAAAUACAAAACCAUUACAUCUCGUCAAGUCGUUUAGCCUUUAAUUCUGUUGAAGUUGUGCAUUAUUUAACCAAAAAGAGAGGAAAUAUCGAAUCUUUUUCGUUACUCGUUAUCGCGUAAGAGUUUUGUUUUUAGCCUUUACCUAUUAAGCAAGCGACCAUUUUUUCGAUUCACCUUUUUCUAGAAGUAAAUUGGAGGAAGAAAGAAAUAAAUGAAAUAAAAAGAAAAAAAACACAAAAGAAGUGUAUCAUGUUCAUGACUCCUUCAUACUAAGCAAGCACAUACACGAAACAAAACAAGGAUUGCUUAUAAAUAAAAAAAAGAAACUUUAUUAUUAUUAUUAUUAUUAUUAUUAUUAUGACUCAUUAAAAGAUGCGAUAGUAAGAAAGUAAGUGAAAAAUUGUCAUCAAUGCAAGAAAAACUGAAAAUAAAAUAAUAAAAUGAAAAACCACUACAGAACGAGAGAACUCUGCUGGUUACUUAUUAUAUCUUUGCGAAACAAUAAAAAGAUUUUUGUCCGUCACGCUAGUGAUAGCGAAUGAAA